AUGCCGCCAACAUCCUACGCUGCUCCACAGCCUCCGAGUGAAGAGGGGGAGAGGCCAGUCACAGUCUUGGUUACAGGGUUUGGCCCCUUUCUGGAGAAGUUCCCGAAGAACUCUUCUUGGGAAAUUGCGUCUACACUUCCAGCUCUGAUACCAAAGUCACCGAAGAACCAAACUCCGAUAAACAUUCACGUUCACUACGAGCCUAUCCGUGUCGCAUACAGCAAUGUCGUCAGCCUCGUCCCCAAGCUUCUUCCACCAACCAACCCUCUCUAUCCUCCUCCAGACAUUGUGCUGCACAUCGGCCUAGCAGCUGGACGAAAAUACUUUGCCAUCGAGCAAGGGUCUCAAGGUCGUGGAUAUGGGAAGAUUCCUGACGUAGAUGGCCAACGAUUCGAAGAUUCUGAAAUGGAAAUGCACUUCCCGUCUUCGAAGUAUCCGUCUAAGCUGAACACUAGCUUUGACACAUCCGAAGUCCUCGCACACUGGAAGGCCAAUCUAGGAUACACAUCUGUUGAUGGCACUAAGACCGACGAAGGAUGUUCUGAUGUGCGGAUCAGCAAUGAUGCUGGGAAUUUCUUGUGUGGCUUCAUCUACUACAAUAGCUUGGCGCACUACUUCGGUAUCAAGGAAGACGAGAGGCCUGUCAUGUUCCUCCACGUACCCGAUCUUAGCGAUAGCGCGGAUAAGCUGCGAGGAGGAUGGGAAGCUACAGUUGCGCUGAUCAAGGCCUUGGUCGAAAGUAGACGGAAAGCGGGUGGCAAGAUCGUUGACGGAGAUAAGAAGAAUGACAGACGGGAAAAUGGCAGGACGGAAACGUACACGGACAACAACUUCGCAUAG